CCUUAAAAACCAUCACAUUUUAUUUUGGCCCGACCAAUUUUUCGCCCCCAAAUUUCAAUCUCACUUGUCGUUUGAUCGUUAUACAUUUGGGGUUCUUGAUAAGGAAGUAUUUUCUCUCACAAGACCCUUGAACCUCGAAAUCAAAAUUUUCAUAAUUAGAUCAAGCACAAUUGCAGAAACGUUCCUUGGAAUUCCUCUGUGUUUGUAUCGAAUCGUCGUCGUCGUUGUUGUUUUUUUUUUUUCUUAAUCUUUGUCGGGUUUAGGAGAAGUUGUGUACUUUCAUGGGCGAUCAUCGAGAUUGGUCGCCUGAAACAAACGGCGCUGUGUUAGCAGAGAAGGCGUCACUGUCUAAUCAAACGCGAAUUGGUGUCGAGUACUGGAAAAAAGCAGAGCAAGUGGUUGAGAGGAUCAUCUCACGGUUCCAGCCGACAAUUGAAUCCGAAGAGAGGAGAAAGACUGUCAUUGAUUACGUGCAGAGUCUUUUACUGAAUUCCCUUGGUUGCGAGGUAUUCCCCUUUGGAUCAGUUCCAUUGAAAACCUAUCUGCCGGAUGGAGAUAUAGAUUUGACAGCCUUUGGAUGUUUUAAUGUUGACGAGGCUCUGGCCAGUGAUGUUUGUUCUGUCCUUGAAAGAGAAGAUCAGAAUGGGGCUGCUGAGUUUAUUGUAAAGGAUGUGCAAUUAAUCCGGGCUGAGGUUAAACUUGUAAAAUGUUUGGUGCAAAACAUCGUGGUAGAUAUUUCUUUCAACCAGCUGGGAGGGCUUUGUACAUUAUGCUUUCUUGAGCAGGUUGAUCUCUUAAUUGGUAAAGAUCAUAUCUUCAAACGCAGCAUUAUUUUGAUCAAGGCUUGGUGUUACUAUGAAAGUCGUAUUCUCGGUGCUCAUCAUGGCUUGAUUUCUACUUAUGCUUUGGAGACUCUAGUUCUUUAUAUCUUCCAUUUCUUUCACUCUUCACUUAAUGGUCCUCUGGAGGUUCUAUAUAAAUUCUUGGAUUACUUCAGCAAAUUUGAUUGGGACAACUAUUGCAUCAGUCUGAAUGGCCCUAUCAGGAUAUCCUUAUUGCCAGAUGUUGUAGUUGACACACCUAUAAAUGGUGGGGCUGGUCGAUUGCUUAGUAAUGACUUUCUUAGGGAUUGUGUGGAAAUGCUCACGGUACCUGCUAGGGGAACUGAGAGCAAUUCAACAUUUUCCUCAAAGCACCUUAACAUAGUUGAUCCCCUCAAAGAAUAUAACAACCUUGGGCGCAGUAUUAGCAAAGGCAAUUCUUACCGAAUAAGGAGUGCUUUCACAUAUGGGGCUAAAAAACUUGGACAAAUCCUUUCCCAGCCAGAGGAGAAGAUAGCUGAUGAACUCAGCAAAUUUUUUUGUAACACCCUGGAUAGGCAUGGAAAUGGACAGAGGCCUGAUGUUCAAGAUCCUGUCCCAAUGGCCAGGCAUAAUGGGACUGAUACUACAUUAUUUUCAGGUGCCAAAUCAUAUCAUGAAGAUCCAAUGUUAUCAGGGAUGGAUAUGACUCUAAAUGGGCCUCGGAGUUCUAGAAUGAUUGGUGCUAAUGGGACCCCUCUUUCUGGAAUUCGUCUUUCUGGGGAUGCAAAGGACCUUGCAACAUCCAGACUACAAGGUCUAAAGUUAGCAGAUCAUGCGACUAAGUCUUCUUCCGCUCCUGUUGCCAAGGAGACUGUUGCUUCCACACAUAAACCACAUUUAAAUUCCUCAGCCAAGGGAAAUGGGGAAAUGAACAAUGGAAAAUCAGAUUUGAAAUUACCUGAAAGCUCUGUUGCAACUAACAAGAGAGUCUCAUCUGGGAUUUCACCAGCACCUGGUGAGGACAAAGGCUUUGUUGCCCAUAGUGACCAUGAUGAGGAUUAUUUAACAAAUCAUCGGGCUGUUUCUCCUUCUGGAUCUAUGAAGAAUAAUUCACUCCGGAGUCCGGCUGCUUGGUCUGUGGAGGACCUUUCUAGUUAUCAGAUGUUAGUUGGUGCUGGUGGAAAUUCCGAGGCUUUGAAUUCUCUGUCUGAUCUCAGUGGAGAUUACAAGAGUCAUUUAAAUAGUUACUAUCAUGGUCGGCGGUGGUUUGAGUCUUUCUUGAAUGCCUCUGCUCCUGUAUCUCCUACAAUGCCCUUGCAGCUCUGGGGCAAGAAUUCAAGGGAGGUACCAAGGCGGUCAGUGCAGUUCAGGCAGAGUUCAUUCUCCCCUGUAAAUGCCAAUGGUAUCAUCCCCAGACCAGUGUUUUACCCAAUGAGUCCACCUGUAUUACCUGGGAGAUCCCUUGGUAUGGAAGAGAUGCCAAAGGCUAAAGGGACAGGAACAUACAUUCCCAAUACGGACCAUUAUAGGGACCAACCUUCGGCAGCUAGGGGGAGGCAUCAAGCACCUCCAUGGCCUCCUCAUAGCAAUAUCCGGGCUGUAACUGCUCAGGACACAAAUUUCUCCGAGAGAAGCAGCCGCGAACUAGGACCAGUGCAGUUUCAUCCAGAGUCUGUCGGUUCAGAUCUUCACUACUCUGGUUCUCCUGGAGGAAAUUCUCACCCUAGGGUAAAUGGUUUAAUCCAUCCGUCAGAGAGGGCUGUAGAAUAUGGACCAUUUGGGUACCCACAAUGGGGGGCAUCCUCACCGGAAGGUAUCAGGCUACAGAAUCCAGAUUUUGCUCUUACUCGAGAUUCUAGAUUUAAUAUCCCCGCAACAGGAAUGCAAACAUCAAAACAAGUAUCGGGCGCGGAUCAAGAUAGGAUUGCUGUAGAAUCACAUCAGUUGAACAUCUUGAACUUGAAAGAUGAAGAUGAUUUCCCGCCCUUAUCCAUUUGUCCCCGGUGAGAAGGAUUUAUCUGUAUGUGUGGUUUGAAGGAAUAGAACAGCAUAUGCUAACAAAGGAACCUAGCUUCAGCUUUCUGCAUGCAGCUGAGUGUCCAUUUGUACAUUUUCCAAGAAUUUUACCUCUGUCAAAGCCUGUUUUCUGUGCUUUAGCAAGAGUUGUUAAUUCAUUUGAUGCUCAAAUUAGGGUUUUGUACUAGGGUUUGUUGUGGCUGACAUUGUAGGCCAUUGUAGAGUAAACAUGCUGAAGUGAUACUGAUUUAGUGAUUUCAGCUUAACUUUAGCUAUAGAAUUUUCUCCCGUUGGGAAAGGAAAGGAAGGGUAUGUAUUUUAUAUUUUAA